CCUUUGGAGUGGGGAGGAGAGCCCCGCCUCUGGCAGCUGGGGGGCAGCUGUUGCUCUUGCUCUGCGUUUGGGGACCGGUGUUGGGGGGUGGGGUGAACCUCUGCACCCUUCCCUGGUCCCAAGGGAGGCCUUGGCUUCCACUAUGGCCUGUGGUAUACAGAAGCUGUUUUCUGUGGAGGCAGAGUUUGAAGACGAGGAUUUUGUGUUGGCCGUGGAAGACGCAGAGAAGCAGGUCUCAGGCCCAGCUCCUGCCAGCUCAAGAUGUCUGAGGCCCUCGUCAGCUGCACUGAGAAAUCCCAGCGACUCUGGUGAGGCUCUGUCCCCGGUGUUGCCACUUCAGAACUACUCCAGAUUAAGCAUUUUGCAGGGCAGCUGUCCCGAUGAGAUCAAAAACAACCAGGUGACCUCUCCUUCGGUGGCCAGCUUCAGAGCUCAGGAGGACCAGACGGCGUCGUGGGCCCAAAGCGGACCAGGCUGUAAAUCAGGCCCAAAGUUCAAGUUUGUGAAGAGACACAUAGCUGCACCUUCCCCUCACAAUGAGGAUUUGGAUAACGAACUCUUCUUGGCAGCCUGCAUGGACCUGGAAACGUCUGAAACGCUGUCGUUUCCAGAACCUUCUGGCUCUGACCUUGGGAGUCAUCGUGUUAGUGAAACGGUUACGGCCAAGAAAAUGCGAGUGGCAGAUUCAGCCAUGACGAACAGCGCCAUCGGUGUGGAAACGGCACGGUUGAACAGGACUUCGACGGAAGCCUUCACGGGAGUCGGCGGCCAUCUCCGGUCAGCGGAGGCUUCUCCGAGGUUGACUCUGAGGCCCACCGCUGUUGGAUCCCACUCCUCGCAAUCUAACCAAGGAGUGAGCAUUCCUGUAGGUAACAUUUCGAGCCCAGGUUGCCAGCUGCCCAAGUUGUUUCGUGCCUCUCUGGAUAAACCUGGGGCCGGGCCCAACACCUCACGCCUGCCUCUUAUUAGACCUGCCUCCCCUUCAGGGGUUGCCCUGCCAAGACCACUCUCUCCACAGAUACCCAGCCAGAGUUCUUUCACACUGAAAACGACAAACCGGGCCCCUCAGCUCUUUAGUGCUCACUGUCCUCUCAUGACAUCUGUGGAGUCCUCACCUGCCACACCAAGGACACCUUGUUCAGUUACUCCUUCCGGAAGCCUCCAGAUGCCUGUGGUGACCAAUCAUCUUGUCCGCCUGGUAACGGCAGCGAACAAGCCGCCUCAGCCAUUGGCUCACGUUCCUUUGCAGGCCAAGAGUCGCCGUUUCCCAGGACCUGCCGGCAUUCUGCCCCAACAACCUGACAGGAAGAACCUGGAAGAGAUCAUGGUCUCCGCUCCACAGACGCCUACUCACGGGGCUCUGGCAAAGCUACGGACUGAGGAUGUGCCUGCUUCCCAGCAGCCAGCAGAAGACUGUGGCCGAGAUGCCUGGGUCGCUAUGAAAACCGAGCUAGGUUUGGACGAGAGAGACCCAUCCUGCUUCCUUAGGACGUACAGCGUGGCCAUGGUGCUCCGGAAGGCGGCUCUCAAGCAGCUCCCGAAGAACAAAGUCCUCAACAUGGCGGUGAUGAUUAAGUCACUGACCCGGACCAACGUUGACGCGGGUGCCGUAUUCAGAGACCCAACUGGGGAAAUGCAAGGCACGAUCCACCGUCUGUUGCUGGAGCAAAGAGAGAGUGAAUUUAAAGCUGGCUCGGUCCUUCUGCUGAAGCAGGUGGGUGUGUUCUCCCCGUCGCAUCGCAACCACUACCUCAACGUGACGCCCAAUAAUUUGGUGAAGAUCUACCCACCAGGACUCGGUAGCAGGAAGCCAACUCAGCCGCGUGAAGAAAUCAGGGGAGGAGCGGAGAUGGUUUUGCCACAGGCGGAGUCUGGAUUCCAGCAGGAUUCUCCCACGGAUGCCCCACCCACCGUGGCCGCAACAGAUUUUGGAAAGGAGCACAGCGACGAGAUCGGUAAAAACUGCUGCCUGGGUCCCCUGGCCUCAAGCCAGGGGGCGCCAUUUCCAGAGGAUGGUGGAAUGGGCAAGUCGGUGCUGAGCAUGUCCUCACCAAAGUCUUGCUCAGAUGACCUGGACCAGCUUCUCGGACAGCUGCCUGAUGACUUUUUCUCUAACCCGGAUGCACAAAGCGCCCUAUGACGGUUCUCUGCAGCUUAAAAGUUAGAGCAUCCUUGCUGCGGGCAAACCAAGGACAUAGUCUUGAGUUCAGGGGAGGACUUUUGCCCAGCAAGAUGGACCUUUUCUCAUUUGUUAUAAACGCUGACUGGAGUUCUAAUGAGGACACCUUCACGGAACAGGGAGAAAAUGGGGUUUCUUUCAGGUGAUCUUUGUGCCUUGGGGUGGGGAUUUUGCCCACAGCAGCUCAUACCAUCUUAUAGACCUUCUCUGGAGAUGCAGCCUUUUGCUUUAAGGACUUGUCUGGCACUAGCAACAUCUAGCCUUGAGAACUCAGCACCUGACUCCAGAGCUGUUUUUGUUUUGCAUUGGGGCUUGUUUUGCAGUUGGAGCCCAGCGUGACGGGCGGUUCACAUCUGAAGCGUUUGCCCUUCGGUUUGGGUUUGAGAUGCCAGCUGUUCUGUGGGUGUCCUGUUUCAAACCGGGUUGCAACACGGUCCCAUCUUGUAAAUCGCCUUCGAGGAGCACAGAACAAAUUACAUGAAAAUAAGCAUCCGGCACAUGACUUUUGCAGGUUGAGCUUUACGAAGGCAGGGAGUGGCUGUCAUUCCCUCAUUGGAUUCCUUUUCUGUGGAUUAUUUUGGCUCCUUUAUUUAUGGGCUGACAGUUUUUUCAAAGAAGAAAUAAAAUGGCCAGUACGGGCGGGUCUGUGUAUAUACAAA